AGGUCGCCGCUUUACAAUUCAGAUGCAGAUUCGAUAUUUUUUUAUUUCUAUUGCAAGGGAGUAACUGCAAGGUAACGAUUCGUCACUUUUCGAGUGACUGUAACGCGUUACUUAAUGCAGAAUUGGUAACUCGUAACUGUAACUAGUUACAUUGUUAACAAAAAAACUGUAACUGUAACUAGUUAUUUUUAUAAAGUAACUUUCCCAACUGGUAAUAACGCGAGAUACGUGUCAAAGUCUUCAACAACCGUAGCCAUAAACUCUGCGUUCGCGUAGUUCCAGUUGGUGCAACUUCGAUACGAGGUGUACGGAAUCGUCGUGGCGAUACGUCUGUUUCGCACAAAUAUUUUGUCAACGCCGACAGCUGAGUGAAUAUUUGAUUACGGUUUUCAAUUACGUAUAUCGCGUGUAUUAUGUUACCGGUGAACAAUGCAGUAAUUUGGCGAGCUGAAAGUAAGAGGGGUUUAAUUUUAGACUCGCACGGAUAAAUGUCGAUGCCGUAAAGAUACAAAAUAUAAUUUAUUGUUAUUUAUAUAAAUUUAAAGAUGGCGGAAGGCGGACGUUACGAAAGUCGAGAUUUUUCGUUGGACGCGCUCAAGCGAUAUUUUCAGGACCGAUAUGUCCCUCGGUUAAAUCUUGCGAUUUAUCGAUACGUUGUACGCGUGUUGUGUAUCUGUGUAUGAAUAUUUAUAUAUUGUUUUAAUUUUCAUAUAAUGCGCAGCGAAUAUAAUUUGCGCGCCACGUGCCGUGCCGUUUUUCGCACAUUAAAGACAUUAGCUUCCUCCCCACUCGGUUUGUCCCCUCUACCUCGCAAACACAGCAUGAAUGCGAUCUUUGGGCGAAGGAUAAAAUCAUUCUGCGGACGACAAUCGAGCGUUCGACUGUCAGUAGCCCUGGCGAUCGCUUCGAGCAGCAUGCUCGCACUACUAAUCGUCCUCGCGCUCCAACACGGCGCCAAUCAAGCCGAGGAGUACACUUCUCCUUGGCACUACAAGUGCGAUGGCGGCCUAUGCAAGAAGACACUGAUCACAGAACAGGAUGCCAACCCGGUCGCUCUUAGCGUGUGCCAAUUGUUCUGCGGCCAAGGUGGAACCCUGUGGCCGAAGCCGACGGGGCACAUGUCCGUCGGCAGGACCGUGGUGCAGCUGAAUCCUGAGAGAAUUUCGCUCGCCGGAAUUUCCACUCAGACGGUGGUGGGCAAUCUGCUUCAGAGGAACAUAGAUCGUAUGAAGGAGAACGCGAAGAAGCUCAGUGGUCCCGUAACUUUGAACGCUGGCGGGACCGGGCUGGUGGUACGCUUCAAAGAAGGACUCAAUCUCGACAAUGUCAAACUGACCUUGGAAACGGACGAGAGCUAUACUCUCCAAGUUGCUACAGUCGACGGACAGGUGGAAGCCUAUGUCACGGCGAACACAUACUUCGGAGCUCGAUACGCGUUGGAGACCCUCAGCCAACUGAUCGUCUUCGACGACUUGCGCAAUCAGAUUCAAAUAGUCAACGAGAUGUACAUCGCAGACGGCCCGAAGUAUCCCUACCGCGGGAUCCUAUUGGACACUAGCCGAAAUUAUGUCGACAAGGAGACAAUUUUGCGGACGAUCGAGGGUAUAUCCAUGUCCAAGCUGAACACAUUCCACUGGCAUAUCACCGACUCCCAGAGCUUCCCCUACGUUAGCAAAACAUGGCCCGAUUUCGUCAAAUACGGUAGCUACACGCCGACCAAGAUCUAUACCUCCGAGAUGAUCAAGGAGAUCGUCGAUUACGCCCUGGUUCGCGGUGUCAGAGUCCUGCCAGAGUUUGACGCUCCCGCUCACGUUGGCGAGGGCUGGCAGUGGGUUGGCGACAACGCGACAGUUUGCUUCAAAGCCGAGCCCUGGAUGCAGUAUUGCGUGGAGCCACCGUGCGGUCAGCUGAAUCCUACCAGCGAAAGGAUGUACGAGGUCCUUGAGGGAAUUUAUAAGGAUAUGAUGGAAGAUUUCCAACAACCAGACAUCUUCCAUAUGGGCGGUGACGAAGUAAACGUCAACUGCUGGAGAUCCCAAAGCAUUAUCACCGAUUGGAUGCUGAAGAAGGGAUGGGAUCUUAGCGAAAGCAGCUUCUACCUGCUGUGGGACUACUUCCAAGAGAGAGCUCUGGAGAAGCUGAAGAUCGCCAACGGCGGCAAGGAUAUUCCGGCCGUCCUGUGGACCAGCGGAUUGACGAGCGAAGAGAACAUUAAACAUCUGGAUCCUGCGAAAUAUAUCGUUCAGAUUUGGACGACCGGCGACGAUCCAACUAUUGGCAGGCUGUUGCGAAAUGACUUCAAGAUGAUUUUCUCAAAUUACGAUGCCUUGUACCUUGACUGUGGAUUCGCAGCCUGGGUAGGCGAGGGAAAUAACUGGUGCGCGCCGUACAAGGGUUGGCAAAAGAUCUACGACAAUUCACCGUUAGAUAUGAUCAAGAAACAAGGAUACGGGAAUAAGAAGCAUCUUAUUCUAGGUGGAGAAGCAGCGCUUUGGACCGAACAGGCGGACAGCGCAAAUACUGAUUCGAGAUUGUGGCCGAGAUCGGCAGCAAUGGCUGAGAGAUUGUGGAGCGAGCCGGAUUCCAAAUGGCAUCACGCCGAACAGAGAAUGUUGAGGCAUCGCGAGAGACUUGUCGAACGAAAGAUCUACGCGGACAGCUUGCAACCUGAGUGGUGUUUGCAGAACCAAGGCUCGUGCUAUGCGUGAACCACAAACUACGAUGCUGUAAAAACUUAUAUCUAAUUCUACUUCUACGCAAUCUCAUUGUUUCUAUACAUCUGCUAUUAGAAUAAAUCGUCAUAUGUUUU